AUGGCAGGAGUUGGACCGAUGACUCAGGAUUGGGAGCCGGUGGUGAUCCGUAAGAAAGCCGCGAACUCAGCCGCCAAGCGCGACGAGAAAACUGUCAACGCCGCUCGCCGAUCCGGCGCCGAUAUCGAGACCGUCCGAAAAUACAAUGCUGGAACCAAUAAGGCGGCAUCAAGCGGCACAUCUCUCAACACCAAAAGGCUUGAUGAUGACACUGAGAAUCUCACUCAUGAGCGUGUGCCUACUGAGUUAAAGAAGGCCAUUAUGCAAGCCCGAACAGAUAAGAAGCUAACCCAGUCCCAACUUGCUCAAAUCAUCAAUGAGAAGCCACAAGUGAUCCAAGAGUAUGAGUCUGGUAAAGCAAUCCCAAACCAGCAGAUCCUUUCUAAGCUGGAGAGAGCUCUCGGAGCUAAACUUCGUGGUAAGAAGUGA